AUGUCCAACUUGCAAAGCUUUAUUCUUCUGCCAAGUGUUCCUUUAACCGUUCGUUACUGCAUGUUUAAAACAAUCAUUCCUGCGGAGUCUAAAACUCCUCCAUUACUCCCUAAACUGUCAUAUAUCCGUGGAAGUACAGUGCAUAAAGAGUGCGUCUUUGCCAAAGGGAGCAUCUUUUUGCAACCCUACUUCCACUUUUGUGAAUCUUUAAAGCAGAAGAAACUAGUGUAUGAGAGUACCUCCUUGCCAAAGGGAGUAUCUACGUUCCACGUUUUUCACCGUAAUUCUUUCAUUGUCGCGAAUGCUGCUAGUGCAUAA